UAACCGGAUAUGUUGUCAUGAUUUGGUCCUUCUAAACAUGGCGGAGGUCAGGCUGAAGAUUGGCCACGGCGGCUACAGACUCUUUCGAAACGCAUAUAAACAGUCACCAGUAGAGAUUAAUGGCAACCAAGCUAGAAACACAAUACAAAACACUCGAGCACUUUUAUCUCGAUCUGACGAAGCUCAAAAUGACCAUGAUAUUACACUACGUCUGACUAACUGGACAGCGCAGCCGGCUCCUGGAAUUUAUGACGGCAGUUUAGAAAUUGAAAACUCAAGGUCCUUCAGUAGACUUACAGACGUUGGAUUCGACUGUGGACGUUGCUACGACCUUGUAUCAAAAUGCGAAGAGGAGGAAUUACAGUUCUGGUCUGCAUGGAGGAAGAUCUUGCCAGACAGUGAUCAUGUAAGACUACACGAUAAAAACAGAGCAAGCCGUUGGUUUCAUCUCAAGUCACCUAACCUGACUGACUCGCCGGUCCAUGUUAUUGCCUGUAGAGCUUUAGGCUGGAGAAAGAAUCUUGUAGCAGGCACCACACAUCCAACCAGGUGCGAGCAUAGACGAUAUAUGUGUUCAGUGAGAUUUGCCAGCAGACAGUCAAAGUUGAGUUUGCAGCAGACUCAUGGAAGGUUAUUGAUGAGGGCUUAUGGUAAUGGCAACCUGUCUGAGCCCCUGUAUAAAAGUAGAACGGCAUAUUAUGAAAUCCUUGAAGUCUCUCCAACUGCCACACAAGCUCAGAUCAAAACCGCUUACUACAAGCAAUCUUUCAUCUACCACCCAGACAAGAAUGCAGGCAGUACUGAGGCUACACACCGCUUCUCCAACAUCAGCGAGGCGUACAAUGUGUUGGGCAACAAGGGGCUAAGGAAGAAAUACGACCGAGGCAUUCUCAGUCAAGGAGACGUUAUUGGAGCAACUAAACCUUCAACAAAGGACAGCAAAAGCUCCCCGCCUCAGCCAACACGGGAGGCACACCAAUCUUCCGUCUUGGGGAUUGACAGCAAAAAGAUCUUUGACUUUGACAACUUUAUCAGAUCUCACUAUAAAUCCCAGCUAGUGAAAGAGGAGGAGGUGCGCGUCAAGAAGGAAGAGAUGCGGAGGAAGAAAGAGUCCAUGAAAGACCAGGAUCUGGGCAAGAUGAUGGAAAUGGCUGUUGGAGUGUUAGUGAUCAUAGCAGUGUCAAUUCUGAUAAGCUUGAAACAGGGAGGGAAUUGAUUGAGCAAAAUGACACCAAUGUGGCAGAGGAAAGGCAUUAUUUUAUCCUAAUAUUAUAGAAUUCAUAUGAGAAGACGGAAUGCAGUGAUAUGUGACCUAUAACAUGAAAUACUGUGGGUUGGUGUUGUAUUUAUUAAGUGCCCUAAUGAAAGCUGCUUAACCUAAGAUUAUACAGUCAAAGGUUUACUUGUAUUUGGCACUGAUGAUUGGUUACUAGUGCAUUGGUUUGAACAGUAUCUUGCUAGAGCAAGUGUUAUAAGAUCAAAAUACAUUAGUUACCAAAUACAGUAACUAUCUCCAGGGGUUUUUAUUGGUGAGAUCAUAUUAAGUUCCAUUCUGCCUAGACACUGGUUCAUGUUGACCUGUUACACAAUCAUAAAACAGCACUAUACCACCUGUGUGUUUGCUUAUGAUAUACUAGAAAAUAUAAACAUUUACAUUUUUAAAAUCCCAUGUAGGAAGUGAUGCAUUGAAGAAGAGAAUAAUAUUGGCGCAGGCCUAUAAUGUAGCCUAGGUUUUUAAGGUUUAAUUUAAGGAUGCAGUGAUAAUACAUUUGCUGGCCAAUAGCCAAUAUUUCUGUAACACGAUUUUGAUCGAUGUUUGCAUCUGAUGAUCUUUCUAAUUUAAAAAAAUACAACUUCA